CGGCCUUGGGCUAUGGCUAUGGCGACCGUGCUGAUGGGGUGGAUUGCACGAGCACGGGGCCAGGAGGGCUCCGCUGCCGCGGCCGGCUCCCGCUAGUUGAUUUCUUCGUGGCUUAUGCUCAAACCUCUCGAAUCCUCUCUCAUUUCUUCGUUGCAGGGCCACUUUCGGUGAUCGGCCAGUAUUCCUGCCCACCUGGCUCUCUCUCUAUGGACACAUCACAGCUUCCGUCAUCGUCACCACUGUGCAAAGCGCAUUUGAUCUUUUGAGUCCCCCUAUGCUCAACUCAUUCAAUGCUAAUUCACGUGCGCAGCAUUACUAAGCUGGCUUCGGAUGCACGAACGGGAAGGACUGGAGCAGAUAAUCGGAUCUGCUGCGCACUAAUUUGAAAGUCGGAAUUCGUCUAUUGCAUCACGAGAUUAGGACUGGCGGAUUCCAAUCGUCCAGGGGGGGGGGUGGAUUCUGCAACUAUUGAGACGAUGGUCGAGAAUUAGCCUGUGUUUAACUUUGACGUGACCUGCAUUCCUGGAGGUACAGUCGGAAGGAACCUGCAAUCGGAGGAUUCCUUUUUUUCGACGACUGGUCUUUGCUCGACUACUGGUACUCUUCUGGUAAUCCCUAGGUAAUCCAGCUAGAGGAGUGAUUCUUUUCCAGCUGGGCUCAGCAGGAGCCUCAUCUUUGCUAGAAGGUUCACACCCACCCAGGGGAAGUUCAGUGGCACGAAACAAAUCCUCGACGUCCUCGACUUGGUGGUUUUUGAGUCCCGUCUUCGCACUCUUGUCCUCAUUGGAGUGCCACUGACGAACUGGGUCGAACGGGUAUCGUCAAGAAAUUUUACUCAAUACAGGUAUCGCUGGAGGCGAACAAGUUGCACAGUGUCAAUUUGUGAAAAAUAGUUCUGUUCGAUAGCUUCGUGUGGGUCCACUUCGGCUUGGAGCGUCGCUUUUUUGCUAAUACGGAAUCGUUUUUCGGUUAGAUUGAAGGUGUCAGAAAUUGUGGCGCUCAACUCUCGAAGCACUUCGGUUCAGCAUUCUUGACGGAGGAGUCAGGGACUUGAAGACUUUACUCCACGUAGAAAUAGGGCUAAGGAACACAUGUGGAAUAAACAAUAAACGCUGCGACUAAAUUGUUUAUCAGUGAACCCUCCUUGACAAUCUUUUCUCCUGCGGUCAAGCUUGUAAACCAUGGAAAAACCUGUAGAAGGGCGAAGAAACAGUAGUGUACAAUCAAAUCAUCUGCAGCAGGUAGAGCAGUGAGGUCGUAGAAACCCAUCUGUCGUCAACGCAUAUUUGCAGAGCAAUCUGAGCAGUGAAAUAUGAGCUGGCUGGAGAGAUCAUUCGGUUACCCGGAUUGCCGUCAGCAUAGCGAUAGUGUGUAUUAUGGAUACCCUAGAAAUAGUGUGGGUCCCCAGGAGCUGUCGAGCUUUUCGCCAAGCGGCUCAAGGUGGUGGGAAAGGGGGCAAGUAGAGCUAGACUUUGGCAGUUCCCGGCCGUGGCGAGAUUCUUCCAUCUUCGAGGAUCCGUAUGCCGUCGAUGUAUAUCAGGACAUGUACCCAAACUGGGGCAUGAGCCACCCCUACCGAGAGGGCGGGUACUUGUACGAGGAUGAAGGUUACUUACGCGAUACCAGCCGAUACAUUAGUCAACACAUUGGAACGACCGAGUUUUGCAAUUCUGAGAGUGACAGAUUCCGAGAAUUUGGCCAUGGCAGGGUGGCGUAUGAGCCCCCAGCAGCUUAUGAUGACAGAAAGUACUGGACAUUCAAUUACGAGGAGGAUUAUGACGCGAGGAGUGAGGCCUUAGCAAGGGCCAUGCAAGAAAGCUUAAUCCUUGAACGGAAUCCAGCUUCACAUGGUACCCCUACUGAUGCGCGUUCUCCGCAUUCGGUUCCGGCUCCAGCAAAAGAGUCUGGAGGAAUGCCGACAUGUGCUGGUUGUCAUCGCACGCUUGGGUCCGGAAAGUUUUUGACUUGUCUCAACCAGGAUUGGCAUCCGUCUUGCUUUUGCUGCCUGUACUGCCUCCAGCCGAUCGUAGAUCAGGAGUUCUCUGUGCAAGAGAGUGACCCCUAUCAUCGAGUCUGUUACAAGAAGCUCUUCCAUCCCAAGUGCGAGAUCUGCUACAAUUAUAUUCAGGCAAACGCUCAAGGGCAAAUAGAGUAUCGGUCCCACCCUUUCUGGAACCAGAAGUAUUGUCCAUCGCAUGAAAGAGACGGAAGUCGAUGCUGCUGCAGUUGUGAUCGCAUCGAGCCAGUAGAUCAACGAUACCAAAGCUUGCCAGAUGGUAGGAGAGUGUGUUCAGAAUGCCUGGAGUCCGCAAUGAUGGCCACCAAGGACUGCCAGCCUCUCUACCGCGACAUUAUAAGAUUCUACAGCGACAUGGGCAUGCGAAUCGAACAAGAAAUUCCUAUGCUUUUGGUGGAACGGGAGGCUCUCAACCAUGCUCGUGAAAGCGAGGAGGGAGGACACAGUCACGAACCAGAGACUCGAGGCUUGUGCUUGUCGGAAGAACAAACCUUUCCUGUUUUGGGACGUCAUGGGGAAAUGAGGCAACAAACACGACAUUCCGAAGUUACGGCUAUCCUUGUUCUUUGUGGGUUACCUAGGUUGUUGACAGGGUCUAUCCUAGCUCACGAACUGAUGCACGCAUGGAUUCGUCUUGACGGAAGAUUUCCGAAUUUGGAUAAUGUCAUAGAGGAGGGUAUAUGCCAAGUGAUUGCUCACAUGUGGUUAAGCUCGGAGCUUGAGAGCCUCACGCGAAGAGGGGGGUCGCCAAUCAGCAAACGCCUUGGAGAAUUUUUCCUGCACCAAAUUGAAACUGACUCGUCGCCUACCUACGGGGACGGUUUCAGAGCUGCUUAUGCGGCAGUUGCUACUUAUGGACUUACGAGAACCUUACACCAUUUGAGGCACACUGGCGAGAUAAUUCGCUAAAUGGCCUCAUGCGUAUACCCUACUUAACAAUCUGUGCACAUAGUUAUUCUCUCGCUCUCUGAAAUGCCAGCAAUUGCCGUGGAUAUUCCUCAUAUUCAGGUGAGGUAUAGAGGGUUCUUACAUGGAAGGUAAAAAUGAAACGUAUUUCUGGAGAGUGGAAAGUGCCAUCGGGGGGUCAGGAGGCCUUCCGGCUGAGAGCCAGUGAGCGAUAGGGCAGAUGAAUGCUAAAGAUCGAUCGAUUGCAGAUCGAGUGAAGAAUCAAUGUUUGAUGUAAAGUCUAAUCAAAGAGCCCAUGUGAGAAACUUCCUCAGUUUCGUAUAUUAUACAUC